AUGACGGUGAACGAGAGAGCUCGAACCAAGAAUGAGAUCAACCUAGAGUCUGAAAAACAGGUGAUGCACAACAACGACCAAGAAAACAACGCAUUUGAGUACGAUGGCGAUUCUCAAACUUUCUCCAUUUACUCCGAAGUGCCUCGGAUUGCAUGGGACUGGAUCUGCUGGUCUGGCGCCAAAACGUUCGACGGCAUGGACUUCGCGGGUGAGGUGCUAGCGAAUUUUCUAGGACUCAAUCAGUCCAAGUAUCAAUGGAUCAUCGAUGCUCAAGUGCGUCAAGAGGAAGAAAAGCAGCAGCGGCGGCUUGAAAGGAGCCAGCAACGUCAGCUUCGCCUCGAGCAGCUAUUAGAGGAAGAGCAGCGUAAGCUUCAGGAGCUUGAAAUUGGUGUUCGUGAGCAGGAACCUACGACAAUAGACACAUUCACCACAGUGUAG